AUGAAAGAAGAAAAAAAAUUUCCAAUAAAAUCGUAUUUGGACUGCGUUAAGAGAGGAUUCAAAUCAAGACAGGUCAGAGCUUGGACCUAUCUCUGGAACUUGUUGGAUCGAUCAAGUGGGAUCAUAGAAGAUACCAAGAAGGCAAAGAGAUGGACUCGUGAGAAGUAUGUGCAAAUGGCAGAGAAGUUUGGUAAAUCCACCGAUGGUAACAUCUUCAAUGGUUUAGUGGAUUCUGGUUCUUCAAUAAACUUGUUGGACCAAUCAAAAGUACCGGAAGGUACACAACGUCACAAAGAGAAACUAGUAGCAAGAGCUAUAGAGAGUUCGGAGGUAUCCCUAUUAAUUCUAAAUCUAUUACCACACCUGAUACGAGAUCAUGGAUGUGAAAGUAUACUUGGUAUACCUAUCAUAAGUAGAAUGAAGUUUGAUUAUAUUAAUAAUGUUUUUACAUUAGAUGAUCAUCCAAAUUUAUUUAAACUGAAAAUAAAGGAUGAAUUAACACAUCAUAAAGUUGUGGAAACAACUAUGUUAGAUCCCAGAUCGAAUAAGGAUGUAUUUGUCAUUGGUACAUCACAUAUAUCAAAGCGAAGUGCUAAUCAGGUGAAGCAAUUCAUUAGAGAUGUCAAGCCUGAUACUGUUGUGCUCGAACUAUGUCAACAACGUUACAAUAAGCUGAAGGAUGAGCAACAUGUAAAGAACAUCGAACCCUAUCAAGCUACACGUCCAAUGCAGAGUAUAAUGAUGGAGGUCAUGGCAAUGAUUAGAUCUGGUAGAGGUAGUCCAGGUGAUAUUCUAGCUUUGUUGAUGAAAAACUAUUAUAAUACAUUCAGAGUUAUGGGUAUAGUUCCUGGUUUGGAGUUUAAAUUUGCGAUUAACGAAGCUGAUUUACUUGGUUCCAAGAUAGAGUUGGGUGAUUUGCCAGUGAAUGAUACGAUGCGAAAUCUUGCUAGUACUUUGAUGUUGGAAGCACUGCCUUUGCUUGGUGGAAAUCAAAUGAUGGGUGGUAUGAUGGGCAAUAUGAUGAAUGGCAUGAUGGGUAAUAUGAUGAACGGAAUGAAUCAGAAUCAGAAUCAACAAAACUCAGAACAAGUAUUAUCAGAGUUGGCCAGACUCAGCAAUAUCAUGUUACCAUUGGCAAAUGUACUUUCAAAACCAACCGUUACAGAAGAGGAAUUGGAAAAAGAGUUUAAGAAUGUCAUGACAAAUGCUAAUUUGCAGGAGAUGCGAGCGAUAUUUUCAAAGAAUUUACCAAAGACUUUCAAUGCAUUCCUUUUGGAUCGUGAGAGAAAUAUUACAUCGACCAUUUUGAAUUCCAAAGGAAACAAAGUACUUGCUGUUGUAGGUGCAAUGCAUGUUCAAGGUAUUAAAGAUAUGUUAAAUAAUAAGUAA